GCCCCACCAGAGAGCCAGGGUGACAAUGCAGGCCAGGAGCAGCAGCAGUCCAGGCAAGAUGAUCUGGUCCUUCAUCUCCUCCUCUUCCCUCCUCGUCCUCCUCCUCUUUCACCUGCUGAUCUUCCUCCAGCCGGCCCAGCCUAAACAAGCCCCCUGCCGAACGGCCACCCGUGCGGAAUGCCGCCAUCAGCAGAAGUUUGUGCCAGGCUGGGAGCUGGCAGGGGAGGGGAUGGAUGUCACCACCCUCCGCCGAACAGGCUACUUCCCUGUGGACACUCACAAAUUUGAGCGACCCGAUGGCACUUGUACCCUGUGCCACAAUGAUAUGCUGGAAGGCCAGCUCCAGCGCCUUCCCUUGGCCAUCACGGACUGGCGGACCCAGGGUGCAAAUUGCCUUCGGCGUGUGACCAAGACCCAGGCCUCCUCUGUGGUGCAAGUGGCUGACGAGGCCGCCAAGAACAUCAAGAAUGAUUGGAAGGCGGGCCUGGAAAUCCAGGCCCAUUCCAGCAUCAAGGCCCAAGUGUCUGUGGCCGGAUCCCACGCGGAGGAAACCCAGUUUGCAGCUGAAAAGAGCCACCAGGAUAAUUAUAUUUUCACCAGGGAAUCCAUGCAGUGCGGUUACUACAGAUUUCACCUGGUAGAGAAGCCCCCCCUGAAUCCAAAUUUCCUUAAGGCUGUCAAAGCCCUGCCCCACAAAUUCAAUGCCUCUACUAGAUUGGAUUACUAUCGGUUCAUCUCCAAUUAUGGCACCCACUUUCUCAAGUCCGUGGAGCUGGGGGGUCGGACCACGGACAUCACGGCGCUCCGCACGUGCCAGUUGGCCCUGAAUGGCUUGAAGGCCAACGAUGUGAGCGACUGCCUCGAGGUGGAGGCAGAGGUGAGCGUGGGUAAUGUGGUUUCCUCGUCAAAACUCAACAAAUGUAGGGAGGAGAAGAAGAAGAAGAACAUCCAAGGCUCUUUCCACAACACGUACAGUGAGCGCAAAGUGGAAGUGGAGGGAGGGAAUCUGAGCGGGGAUUCAACUGAACUGCUCUUCUCGGAUCAGGAUGGCGCUGGCAAGUUCUCAGAAUGGUUGGCAACCGUCCCCAGCAAACCCGGCUUGCUGACCUAUAAACUGGAGUCCCUGCACUUUCUCCUGGGCUCAAAGAAUCCCUGGAGAGAGGAGGUGAGACAGGCCGUGAGCCACUACGUGAGCCACAGAGCCCGCUGGAAGAACUGCAGCAAGCCGUGCCCUCCGGGGCAACAUAGAUCCCACAAAAAUCCGUGCCAUUGCGUGUGCCCGGCGUCCCCCUUCACCAAUGAGGACUGCUGCCCCAAGGAGAAGGGGCUGGCUCACCUGGAGCUGUCCAACUUCAGCGCCAAGAACCUGUGGGGAGACACCUUCACGGCAACGGACGCCUACAUCAAGGUCUUCUUCCACGACAAGGAGCUGAGGAGCCCCGUGGUGGCCAACAACAACAAUCCCAUAUGGAACAUGAAGCUGGAUUUCGGGACCGUGCAGCUGGCGGGCGACGUGCCCUUGAGGAUCCAGGUGUGGGACAGAGAUGACGGCUGGAACGAUGACCUUCUGGGCUCUUGUGACCGGCUGCCGGUCAGCGGAAAGUGGUGGGAGAAUUGCUACUUCAAGCACGGAAAGUUCAUGUUCCAUUACCGGGCCACGUGCAUCCCCCAUCUCAAGGGGUCCCACUGUAUGGAGUAUGCCCCUCGGGGAGCUCUUGGGGAACCCCCGGGAAACCGGAGUGGAGCCGUAUGGUGAGAGUCCCAACAAGCGGGGCAAAUGUCAGGAAGAGAGCUGUGUUCAAGAUUUAAUAGACUAAAAAGUUGCAUGAUGCAAUGGGAGAAGUCAGAAAUCUAGAAUGAGAAGGGUUCAAAUUUCACACGCUUUUCCUUACUACCUGAGCUACUUUAAACAAAUCAUCAACUCUUAUGUCUCAGUUUCCUUGUUUUUUGUUUUCUUAAUGAGUGCAUUGGACCAGAUGUCUUCUAAGAUCCCAUCCAAACUUAACAUUCAGUUUUCUGCUUAUUUAAUAAUCAUAAUCACCUAUUUUAACAUAAAAUGAUUCUCCCAUGAGCCCUCACCCAAUCCUGAUACUGGUAGGGUGUAACAGGACUCUUUGAAAAAGCAGUGAAACAGGUUUCAGUGGAGUGGGUAAUUCCCCCCCGAAAAGGUUGUCAACCAGCCCAAAGGGUGAGCCUGUAUCUCACUGUACUGAGUCCAGUAUCCUGCACAUUUGGGUUACAAAAUAGGAUGAAGAUCAUAUGUUUAUUCAGGGCCAUUUUUAUGCCCAGAGCAAGCAGCAAAAAGCAUUUUGAUUGGUGGAAGAAGGAUACUGCAUCCCCAUGGAGCUGACUGGGAGCAAGAAAGGGGCUCACCCCAGCCCACUCCCUAGUAGCUUCUAUUUUAGUGAAUUUUUCCAGAUAACUGGCUACUAAGCACCAUUGCUUCUAUGGUUAAAGGACUUCAAGCACUUUCACUGUUCUCCAAGUUUGCUGCCCUUGGCCAAUGCUCCAGUUGCCCUGCUUUAGUUAUAACUGAUAUCUAUUUGGCUCACUACUUUCUUGACCAUUGAAUGUAAGUUUCUCAAGCACAGAGACUGUUUUAUUUUUGUCUCUGGGUACCCAACUCCUAAAACAGUGCCUAGCACAUAGUAGGUGCUUAAAAAUGCUUUUUGACUUAUUGAAUUGCCUGAACACACCCAUGUCAUGGUUUGUCACUUCUUUUGCCUUCAAGAAAAUUCAAUUCUAACAACACUUUUCCACUACCUACUAUGUGCACCAAAGCAGUACCUGCUUUAAAGGAACUCAUUGGCAUUAAGAAGUUUAUGCCAGAGCUUCUUAAACUUUUUCCACUUGCCUCCUUUUUGUUCAAGAAAUUUUUACAUGACCCAGGUAUAUAAAAUAGGUCCACAAAUCAAACCUUUACUUGUAAUCAAUUAUAAAGAAAUGUAUUUUAAAACAAUUCUUUGGUAUACAUAUAAUUUCAUCAUUUAUUAAUGAUGAAAACAAAUGUGCAUACCAAUGAGGUAUAUGUGCUUAUAUAUUUUACAUAAAAAAUUAAAUCUUGAAGGAUUACAUAUUUAUUGGCAUAUAAUUGGGCAAAAUAAUUCCUAACAAUUGUUUUGAUUUCAUCUUCUUUAGUGAUAUAUUCACCCUUUUCAUUUUGGAUAGUAGUAAUUUUGUUUUCUUCUCUCUCUUUUUAAAUCAUAUUAACCAAUUGUUUGUCUAUUUUAUUGAUUGUGUUCAUAAAACCAACUUCUAAUUUUACUUAUUAAUUCACUGGUUUUCAUACACUUAAUUUUAUUCAUCUUACCUUUAAUUUUUAGGAUUUCUAAUUUAGUGUUUAAUUGGGAAUUUUAAAUUUGUUCUUUUUCUAUUUUUAAUUGCAUACUCAAUUCAUUAGUCUAUUCUUUCUCUAUUUUACUGAUGUAAGCAUUUAGAGAUAUGAAUUGUCCUCUCAUGACCACUUUUUCUGCAUCUCGUAGGGUUUUGAUAUUCAUAAUUAUCAUUCUCUUUAGUAAAAUCAUUUAUUGUUUCUGACUUGUUCUUUAACCCUUGCAUUCUUUGAGAUUAGGUUAUUUAGCAUCCAAUUAAUUUUUAAUCUGUUUCCAUGGUCUCUUAUUAAAUAUAAGUUUUACUGCAUUAUCAUCUGAAAAGAAUACACUUAAUAUUAACAAUAGAGUUUUAACCAUAAAGAUCUUAAUGCUCUAAUUAUAUGAUCAAUUUUUGUAAAGGUAUCAUAUACCUCUGAGAAAAAGGAAUAUUCCUUUCUAUUCCCAUUCAAUUCUGUCCAAAUAUUUAUUAUCUCUAACUUAUCUAAGAUUCUAGUCAUCUCUUUGACUUCUUUCUUCCUUUUUUUCUUUUGUUAGAUUUAGGUCCUGAGAGGGGAAGGAUUUGAAGUCCCCACUAUUAUAGUUUUUCUAUCUAUUUCCAUUUGUAAUUCAUUUCACUUUUCCUUUAAAAAUUCGGAAACUAUAGUAUUUGAUGCUUACAUCAAUUAGUAUUGAUAUUAUUUCAUUAUCUGUGGUGUCUUAUCAUAAUGUAACCUCCCUGAUUAAUUCAUUUAAUAAAUCUAUUUUAGCUUUAA